AUGCAACAGAAACUUUACCUGUUUGUCAAAACUCCGUCGCCACUCGGAAACGCACAUGGUAAGUGUCAAUGAAUGCGAAAACGCGAAUUACACAAGUUCUUUUCACAGAUAACCGGUGAUUGGAUGUGUGGGUUAUGCAAUAUACUCUGCAGUCGACUCUCCUCUCUGACCAUGCACUGGCGGAACUCUUGUCCCGAGCUGAAGGCCAUUUUCUCUGCCGACGAGCUGAAGGUAAGUGAAGAUUCGACCAGCGUCCCUCUUAUCCGACUCGUUCGUAGAACAUGCCGUCCGAGGAUCUUCAAGAAGUCGCUUUCCGAUAUACUCUCGAUAAAACGGCCGUGGACCAGAAAACAAAACCAGCGCAAGACGUUUUACGAAAUGUACGUUUUCGUUCGAAUAGCAUCAGACGCAUUUUCUCUUUUAUCUUUCCAGGACACCGAUUUGUUCUGUAUUUGCUCUUUCUGUCACGUGAAUCUUCCACGUGGAGCCAUUAAGCAUCAUUUUGGUGUUCACACGUCACGAAGGUACCCAGGUCAGAAGAUCCGCAGCUCGUUCGUUCCCUUCAUUUGCGAUCUCUGCGGAUUCGGUUUCAAGUGAGUGUUCAAUUUGAUUCGAAUAUCUAUUUUUUGUGCUCCAGAUUCAAGAAAUCUUUAUUAGCUCAUUGGCGACAACAUUGCGUGGAACUGCUUGUUAGGAUCUCGAAAGAAGAGCAAGAAGUAGACGAUAAUCAGCUGCCCGAAAUUGUCGGCUCGCUUUUGAAACAGGCAGAAAUCGUCGCGCCUGUUCAGAAUUCAGAAGAACGCGUAAAAGAGGAGAGCGAUGACGAUGAGGAAGAGGUAAAAGAAGAAGAUUCUGAGGAAGUAGAAGAGGUCAGUUUUCAAAAAAUAACGUCAUCAAAUUGAAAAUUGUUCCAACAGAAACCGACAACGUCCAGUUCCAGUUCCGAACCACCCACAAUUUCACUCGAUCGGCAAAUGUGGAAUGCGGACAAUAAUCAGCUGAAACCGCAGUGUUCCGAUUGCAAACUGGAGUUCUUCUCGCUCGGACGACUCCGACGUCACCAAGAUUCGUAUCACGCGAAUCCAAAACCUAUCCACGAAUGUACUCUUUGUCAAAUGAAAUUCAAACAGAAUCGCAUUUUGAUGCACCAUUUGCGUGACGGAUGUCGAGCGAUGAGAGUAGAAGAGCCGGAUGCGAUAAAGCGGAAGACUAUGCCGAGAGAAGAACUGAUGAAAGUGAUUGAGAAUGGACAAGAGAGGUGGGAAGAGUUGUUCGAGAAGAAGAAAGCGGCCAAUCUGAAAUUCAUUGAACAGUUUCUGAGUACUUGUGACAAACGAAAGCCCAAGGAGGAAGCGACCGAACGGCCGUUCCUUCAGGUUCCUCCCGGGAACGCUCUGCACUUUCUGGGGCCGGGCCAACGAGUGAAUAUCUGUGAUGUCUGCAGUUAGUGUACCUCUUCUAUGUCACCUCAAAAGUUUCAUUUCCAGAAGCGGCCUUCAAUAACCCCCGCCUUCUCCAACAGCACAUCCAGCUGGCACAUUCUGACGAGCGAACCCGGAAUCAGAUGACGAUAACGGCGAUGUCUCUGCUUCCCUACUUCAAACUUCCCGAAGCGGUGUUCUAUGAUAUCAGUGGAAAUGAGUACAAGUUCGGGAAGUACCUGGAAAAGGAGACCGAGCUGGCGAAACACUUCAAAGUGAUCGAGCCCGGAUCGAAAGUGACUGUGGAAGGCAAUAAUUGCUUUAUUGUGGAGUUGCACGGUGAACGCAAUUCUCUUCUUGUGCUCAAUGAUCAGGAAUACGUGAAAGUUUGCGAUUCCCAUGGGAAACUGAAAACUUUGUUCAAUGCCAAUCCGAAGGACAUGGAGGACAUUCCGAAGCUCGAGAAGGAGACGCAAUCUAUUCAUUAA